AUGACUGGUCCUUUUCGGACGGUGGAAGAGUUCGGUAAAGCCAUCGCACUUCGCUCCCAGAAGAUGUGGAGCAAAUCAAAUCGUCACAGUGUUCUCUCCGACUAUCUUGCUCGCCACCUCCUAUCAGCACUUCGCGAUCAUCCGCCCAUGUUCACCCACGGAGAUCCCUACCGAGGGAAUGUUCUGGUCAGAAGGGUCGUGACUCCUGUCACCAACGAAGAAGAGUAUGAAUGGAUUGAUGACUGGCCGGGGUAUGUGGAAAAGAUCCUCAAUCCCCUGCCGCUGGAGGGCGCCAUUAUGUGGGUUGUCUCUUAG